GUGGUGGUUAUAACGAUAAAGGCGACAGCAAGUUAUCUACUACCGGCAUUUAUGACAAAUGUGAUAGUGGCAGCAGCAGCAACAGCGGCGGCAAAUCCUUUCGGAAAUCAGGUGGUGGUGGCAGUGCCAGUGGAGGAACAGAAAAUUGUUGCCCAGCCAAGGUAACAAAAUUGGAAAUUUUACAGGGCGAGCAGCAGCAGGACGAGGAAGAAUCAUUUGGUGGACCUUUGACCAGGGCUCGCAGUGGUAGUUGUGGCCAGAAACGUAAUACAAGGGGUGAUUUGAAUGAUAGCGACGAGACCACACCUUUGCUUUUGUUACUGACACAAAGGCUAAAGGGUACGGACAGUGGCACCGGUGUUGGGAAUUUUAACGAACUUCUUAAAGCUGGCUCGGUAUCGGGUGAUUUUUUAUUGGCCUCCACUUCUACAACAGCUGCAAGCGGCAAUCGCUCGAAUAUGUCCGAAAAUGGCUGUAAACAUUUUCAGGCUUAUGUUAAGGAAAAUUCUUUGGACACGUAUCGUAUUAUAGAUGCUUACUUUUCGGCCUGUAUUAACAGGGAUGCUCGAGAAAAGAAGGCCUUAACUUGUUGCUGUUUUGAGUGCGGCAGUUAUGGUAUCCAGCUGUUUGCCUGUCUCCAUUGCAUCUAUUUUGGUUGCCGUGGUACGCACAUCACCACCCAUUUACGUGCCAAAAAACAUUCCAUAGCCUUGGAAUUGUCACACGGCACAUUGUAUUGUAAUUCUUGUCGAGAUUUUAUCUAUGACGCAAGGUCUCGAGAAAUCGCCGCCGUCAAUCGUAAACUAGAGGCUAAAGAUUUACAAAAGAGUCUAGCCUGGACACCGUGGAUUCCAACGCCGAAGGAGACAAAUCUAAUGUUAGCCAAUCCAAGACGUCGCAAUGUCAGAGCGAAUGAAACACUGGGCCUGAGGGGUCUCAUUAAUUUAGGUUCCACCUGUUUUAUGAAUUGUAUUGUGCAGGCUUUAAUACACACCCCAUUACUAUGUGAUUACUUUCUGUCGGAUCGUCAUGAAUGCAGUGCAAAAUCCUCUAUGAAAUGUUUAGUUUGUGAAGUUUCUCGAUUAUUCCAGGAAUUCUAUUCCGGUUCCCGUACCCCACUCUCAUUACAUCGUCUAUUGCAUUUAAUAUGGAAUCAUGCCAAACAUUUGGCCGGCUAUGAACAACAAGAUGCCCAUGAAUUUUUCAUUGCCACUUUGGAUGUGCUGCAUCGUCAUUGUAUUAAAGCCAAAGCUGAAACAGAAAGUGCCAAUAAAUCAAGUUCUUCACAGGCGACAACCCAUACAAAUUGCCCCACACAAUGUAAUUGUAUUAUAGAUCAAAUAUUUACCGGUAUGCUACAAAGUGAUGUUGUCUGUCAAUCGUGUAAAGGUGUCUCCACCACAAUUGAUCCAUUUUGGGAUAUAUCAUUGGAUUUGGGUGAAGCUCAUGGUGGUGCAACACCCAAAUCCUUAAUCGAUUGUCUCGAACGUUAUACACGUGCCGAACAUUUAGGUUCAUCGGCAAAAAUUAAAUGUUCAACAUGUAAAUCGUAUCAAGAGUCAACAAAACAAUUUAGCCUGCGUACAUUGCCGAGUGUGGCCAGCUUUCAUUUGAAACGUUUCGAACAUUCAUCGCUGAUCGAUAAGAAAAUUUCCACAUUUAUCUCAUUUCCCGUCGAAUUCGAUAUGACACCGUUUAUGUCGGAGAAAAAUAAUGCAUAUGGUGAUUUUCGUUAUUCGCUAUAUGCUGUGGUCAACCAUGUGGGCACAAUUGAUGCCGGUCAUUAUACGGCCUAUGUACGACACCACAAGGAUACCUGGGUGAAAUGUGAUGAUCAUAUUAUAACGACGGCAACACUGAAACAGGUUUUGGAUAGUGAGGGAUAUUUAUUAUUCUAUCAUAAAAAUAUAUUGGAAUACGAAUAAGUUAAACUGGAAUAAUAAAAACAAAAAAACACAA